AUGAUGAUGCGGAGGCAGAGCCAGGGGAAGAAUUUUAUUAUCGGUGAUAAUGACAGGCUUAGUGACUUGCCUAAUGCAAUUCUGCUGCAUAUAAUGUCAUUUAUGAAGAUAAAAGAUGCUGUUCAGACUUGCAUCUUGGCAAGAGGGUGGAAGGAUCUUUGGAAAUCACUCCCUAAUCUUACAUUACAUACCUCGGACUUUAGAAAGCCUUCUCUUUUUUCUGAAUUUGUGUCUGGGAUUGUGUCAAGCCGUGAUGGUAACCAUCCCCUCCAUAAUCUUGAUUUUGAUCGCCAUGGUUAUUUUAAACCUCAGAUUCUGACAAAUCUCAUUAGAUAUGCUGUGUUACAUGAUAUCCAGCACUUGAAAAUCUAUGUCCCAUGUAAUAUUAGUUUGCCUUGGUGUGUCUUUUCUUGUCAAACUUUAAAGUCUCUUCAUAUUACAGAUGCAAGUUAUGAUGUAAAAAAAAGAACCAGAAUCCCUAAGUCUCUGAAGCUUCCAGCAUUAGUAAGUUUGCAUCUAGCGAAUGUUCCGAUUUUUGCUGAUGACAAUGGUUAUGCUGAACCCUUCUCCACCUGUACCAAAUUAAACACUUUAUUCAUUGAUAAAUUUGCCUUAGUCCCUCCUAACUCUCACAUCUUGAGAAUGCCAGGAAUCCUCAAUAUAACCAAUGCUACACUUGCCAAUUUGACCAUCAAUGUUACUUAUAAUCCAGGUUACAAAUUUGUGAUAUCUACACCCAAUCUAAGUUCUUUCACUUUAAACGGUUCUCCUUUUCAACCAUUGCGUGGACAGGAAGGGGUGAAUGUUGAGCUUCAAUCUUCUUCACUAAUAUAA